AUGGCUUGUCGACCGGAGAGACCUGCUUCGUCUCACCUGUUGCUUUCUUCCUCUGUGUCGUCUUCGUCUCCUGUUCGGAAACGUCGACGACUGUCGGCCUUCAUCUCUCUAACCUACGAUGAUUGUGGUGACUGCUCGCUCGCUCGUAUGUCAGUUCUGUUGUGCUUUCUUCUGCUCUAUAAAGCAGCAGAUAAAGAUGAUCCCGAAGCUUUGCUUGAAGGUGUUGCCAUGGCCGGUCUCGUUGGCGUUCUCCGUCAGCUCGGUGACCUAGCAGAUGCAAUUAUCUCGAAAUUAGAAUUUAGAACUCAUUUUGCCUCCAAUUCCGAGGGGUUGAUAUGUUCUCCAAAACCAGGGGUGAUAGAGCUCGGAAAGAUGUUGUUGGAGACAGGGCAGGUUAAUUUGUUUGAGAAUUGGCCUGAUCCUGGUGUUGAUGAUGAUGAUAAAAAAGCUCUGCUUGCUCAGGUAGAUUUGCUUAAUUCAAGUUACCCUGGAGGUUUGGCAUCAUAUAUCAAGACCGCCAGAGAACUCUUGGCAGAUUCAAAGGCAGCAAGGAACCCAUUUGAUGGCUUCACACCUUCUGUUCCAUCAGGCGAAGUCCUCACUUGUGGUGAUGAUAACUUUAUCCAAUAUGAGGAGAGUGGUGUGAAGCAGAUACAGAACGCUGCCUUUGUUCUUGUUGCAGGAGGGCUUGGGGAACGUCUUGGAUACAAAGGAAUAAAGGUAGCGCUUCCCAUGGAAACAACUAUUGGAACUUGUUUCUUACAACAUUACAUUGAGUCCAUAUUGUCCUUAUCACAAGCUAGCUACAAGCAUGCUCAAGGUGAAUGCCAAAGAGAUGUACCUCUUGUGAUAAUGACAUCAGAUGAUACACAUGGGCAUACGUUACAACUCUUAGAAUCAAAUUCUUAUUUUGGAAUGAAACCUACACAAUUCACCUUAACCAUAUUCCAAGAAAAAGUUGCUUGCUUGGCUGAUAAUGAUGCUAGGCUUGCUUUAGACCCAAACAAUAAAUACAAAAUACAGACAAAACCUCAUGGCCAUGGUGAUGUUCAUGCUCUUCUUUAUUCCAGUGGUCUUCUUAAAGAAUGGAAAGAUGCUGGUUUGAGAUGGGUCUUAUUUUUCAAGAUACAAAUGGACUUCUUUUUAAGGGAAAUGGUGAUUAAUGUGGAAUACAAUCAACUUGAUCCUCUCCUUAGAGCAACAGAAAGCAAUUUUUCUGACUCCUUGGACAUGCUUGAGGAUAAAAGUUUAAAAAUAGAAGAUGAUUCUGACUUGCCAUCAUGGUCAGGUGAUGAACGUGGUGUCAGGGUGCUUAUGAAUGUUGAUAGCUUUGGUGCUGUUGGAGAUGGAGUUUUUGAUGACACAAAGCCUGAUGUUACAGCUCCAGGGUUAAAUAUCCUUGCAGCAUGGUCACCUGCAAUUGGAAAAAUGAAAUUUAAUAUUUUAUCUGGAACAUCCAUGGCAUGUCCACAUGCCACUGGAAUUGUAGCUUUGGUCAAAGCCGUUCAUCCUUCAUGGUCUCCAUCCGCCAUCAAAUCUGCAAUCAUGACUAUAUGUAAAAUUAAAAACUUUUAUUGUGAAAUUGUAAUCAAAGAAUCUGACAUACAGAACAAAAAACGCAGCUGCAGUAUUCGACAAGAAAGGAAACCCGAUUAG